CGGUGCUAUGAUCUCAGCGGAGCCAUCGGUUCUGGUAGCCUGCGGCGGCUUCAUCCCCGACAGCCGGGACCUGAAGACCCUCCUCCUGCACCAGCAGGCCAAGGGACUGCUUGGUAUUAAAGCAACUAUCUCGUCCUCCGUCGGAAACUGUGUACUCUCUUCACUUGCCUUCCGGCCCAAACCAGUAGAAACACUGCCCCCCACCGCCGCCGCCGCCGCCACAGCCAGAAUCCCCAAGGCGCUUAGAAGUAACAACCAAUGAAACAAGCUCCGCCUCCCUCAGUGACGCUGAGGACCUGGGAGUGAUGUCAGAUGACGCCGGCAGCCCAGCCCCCCCUGAUACCGAACCACAGGAGGCAGGGCGAGAUGGUAACACAGCUGAUGGAGGCGCUGAGAAGGAAAAGAGCGUCGCAAACACAGCUCAGGGGGAGGAUUCAGUGCAAAAGAAAAGUACACAGGAACCGCCUGCUACCACAGGGGAACAUGAAGCACAGGAACAGGAAGCAGCAGAUAAACAAGAAGCGCAGCCGAAAUCCAUCCCUUUCCGGGUCGUCUCAAUGCCUGUGAAGUCCACCUCCCAGAGUCCGUCAGCAACAAAAGACCCGCAGAAGCCCAACACUCACCGUGUCACCCUGCAUCAGUGGGUGUCACAGAUCGCCACCAACUCGCUCUCACUGCCCGCCCUGCCUCCCCUUCCUCCCGCCCGGCUGAUUCUAGAAGACAACAUGAAGCCGAGCAUCAGGAGGAAGAAGCAGAUCCGGCCCCCGGCGGACCGAUACACCUGCAGCGUGUGCGACAAGAGCUUCCCUUACCAGUCCAAGCUGAUGGACCACGAGCGCAUCCACACCGGAGAGAAGCCCUUUGUGUGCACGGCCUGCAACAAGAGCUUCAGGACCCAGGCGUUCCUCAACAACCACCUGAAGACGCACAGCACGGCGCGCCCAUACGCCUGUGGACAGUGCGGCAAGUGCUUCACCAAACUGCAGAGCCUGACCAAGCACAUGCUGGCCCACAGCGGCCAGAAGCCCUUCUACUGCAACAUCUGCAACAAGGGCUUCACGCAGUCUACCUACUUCAAGCGACACAUGGAGUGCCACACCAGCCAGAUGACGUUCCCCUGCAAGCACUGCAGCAAGAGCUUCCCCACGGCCUUCAAGCUGUCCAACCACGAGCGCUGGCACACCCGGGACCGCCCCCACAUGUGCGAGCGCUGCGGGAAGAGGUUCCUCGUCCCCAGCCUGCUGAAGAGACACAUGGGCUACCACAUCGGGGACCGCCAGUACCUCUGCUCCCAGUGUGGCAAGACCUUCGUCUACCUGUCCGACCUGAAGAGGCACCAGCAGGACCACGUGCCCAAAGCCAAGAUCCCGUGCCCCGUCUGCCAGAAGAAGUUCUCCAGCAAGUACUGCCUGAGGGUCCACCUGAGGAUCCACACCAGAGAGAGACCCUACCGCUGCACCAUCUGCGAGAAGACCUUCACCCAGGUGGGGAAUCUGAAGGUGCACAUCCGGCUGCACACCAACGAGCGGCCCUUCAGCUGCGACGUGUGCGGCAAGACCUACAAGCUGGCGUCCCAUCUGAACGUCCACAAGAGGACUCACACGUGCAAGAAGCCGUGGACGUGUGAGACGUGCGGGAAGGGCUUCUCCGUCCCCGGCCUGCUGAAGAAGCACGAGCAGCUGCACACCCGGGACGCCAACCCCGAGUUCGCCGGAAAACGGAGACACCGGGGUAAGCACAAGAAGCACUCCCUCAAGAGGAAGUACGACGAGGAAGAAGAGGGGAGCGACGAUUAUUAAUCAAAGGAACAUUUCAUCUACAAUAAGGAUGCUCUGACUCCAGGGUCUGAGCUAAAGAACAUUAGCUAAUCCUCAUAGCUACUGCAUUUUUUAAAUGUUUUGUAAGUGUGUGUUGGCCGCCAUGGUGGUUAAGGUAGUGAAAACACAUUUAAAAUAACGUUAGGAUAAGAUCAUUUGGUUUAAAAAGUACCAAUUUUAAGCCCUUUUUUGAACCGUAAUCACUUCUGUGUUUCAUAUAAUCAGGUGAUGUGACUAAAUGACUUUAAGAAACGAAUUUACCCUUAACUGUCACACGUGCGAGAUAGCAGUAGAGCAUUGAAGUGUUUUUUAAGUUGUCAAUCAUUUUCAUCACAAAAUCAUAGGAUUAAAAAAAGUGUAAUUGUCCAAACGUUGUACUUAGUGAAUGUAGCUAUCCUUUUAAAAGAAUGGACAUCGUGUACACUAUAAAACAAAGCAUUUAACUGCAUGUACCUGUAGAUAAUGUGAUAAUAACAUGUUGUAGUUUAACUUUGUAUCCUUGUGGAAACUGUAGGAACUACUUUUACCACUUUUUUAUGUAACCAUGAACAACACAUCUCUGCUUGUGUUUGAGAGAGGCUGGAGAAGAGGACGUCUCUUCCAGCUGUAGAUGUGUUCUGAUGCUCUCGAUGACGAGCAGCACGGACACGAUGGAAGCUAUUCUAAUGUUGGAUGAGGUUUUGCUGUGAAUCUUAUCUUUCCUACGACUUAUAGUAACAAUCCUGUAUACGAGUCAUUAAGAAUGUAUACCUGUUUUUGCAGAAAAAUAAACACACAUAGCAAAUAA